GUGAACUUCCACAACCAAGGACUUUACCACCGCAAAUCCAUCUCAAACCACCAAAAUGGUCAAAACACUCCCCUUCGCCGACCUCGAAGUGCCCACCCCAGGCUUUGGUGCCAUGGGUCUAAGCUUCGGUUUAGGUAGCAAUCUCACAUUAGAGGAAGCCGAACCCGUGCUCCUGAAAGCAAUUGAAUUAGGGUGUACAUUCUGGGACACGGCCGUUGUCUAUCAAGCCGGUGUCAAUGAGAAGCUUCUCGGGGACUUUAUCAGGAAACAUAACGUCCGUGACAAGGUUUUCAUCGCCUCGAAAUGCGGCUUCAAUGUUUUCGGAGAUGGCAGCGUCACCAACUCUGCCGCCCACAUUAAGGAGUACAUCGAGGGUACUGUUGAACGGUUGGGCUUCACCCCAGAUCUAUACUAUCUGCAUCGGAUAGAUCCCAACACCCGCCUAGAGGAGUCCAUCCCGGCACUCGAUGAAAUCCGCAAAGCCGGCAAGACCAAAUACAUCGGUCUCUCCGAGUGUUCGGCAGCGACGCUCCGCAAAGCUAAUUCCAUCGCCAAAAUCGACGCCCUCCAAGCCGAAUACUCAGCCUUCGAAACCCUCCACGAAACAGACGGUCUCAUCGAUACAGCCCGAGAAUUAGGCGUAGCCUAUGUAGCAUACAGCCCUCUAGGCCACGGAUGGCUCGUCGACAACUUCCCAUUCAAGACCCCAGAUGACUUUGCUCCAGAUGACUUCCGUCGCAAGAGUCCCAAGUUCCAAGGCGAGAACUUCUACAAGAACCGAGCGAUCGUAGAGGAAAUCAAGAAGCUCGCUGCUCGGAAGGGCUGUGCGAUUAGCCAAAUUGCACUUGCCUGGGUCGCUGCGCAAGGGUUCAUCGCUAUUCCGGGAACGACUAAGGCGAGUCGGUUAGAGUCGAAUUGGGCUUCGAGGGAGAUUGAGUUGACGGAGGAAGAGAAGCUGGAGAUGAGGAAGAUUGUUGAUGCUGCGAAGCCGCACGGCAAUCGGUAUGGCCCUGCGCAUCAGGCUAUGGUGGGGCAUUAG